CGCCAAAACCGGAGCUCAUUCCCCGCCAAAAUCUCCCACAGCCACGUGAAUUUGACUUCGCUUCGUUCCGGCUGAGCACCAUACAGGUCAUGGCGGACCUUCCAAUCCAGUGCGUGAAGAAUGUGGUGCUGGAGGUCACACGUGACAACGGAGAGAUCGAUCGCAGCACACUCCAGACCGACCUUGUGCUGCGAAAGGAGAUAGGCAACGCGCGCCUCGUGAGUGGCGACACCAUGCUCUGGGUGGGUAAGGGCGUGUUGUCCCACAAGGACUCGACGCUAGACUCUGCACUGACGCGCACUGUGCGCGUGGAGAGUGGCAAACGGCGCUUCGUGUUCACACUCCCCCUGGAUGCCGCGGGUAAACAUUUUUACGCCGAGCUCAAGGACCAGGUGGACGGCGUGGAGAUUCGCAAGAAGAAGCGCAAAAUCCGCAAGCAGUUGAGCCAUGUAAUGGGCUUCACGCCCGUCAAUACACUGAAGAGCCCCAUGAAGAGCCCCUCACCUUUGCUCAAGAGUCCGGCCGUGAAGCCUCCCAUGACUCCCAAGCGCAGUCCUCUGGCAGAUAUUGGGACGCCCAAAAGGACCCCACAGCUGACACUCCCGCCUCCGUUACCGGUAACUACGAAGGGCUCGAAUUCAUCUUUGGCCUCUCCGUUGAGGUCACCAUUCCGCUCUCCGUUCCGCAAGAAAGCACGGCUCUCGCAAAGUCCGUUGAGUGGAGGAAAAUCGUCGGAGAAUGCUGGAAAAAUGCCACCAGAAUCCCCAGCGCGUGAAUGGCUCAGUCCAGCUCGAUCGCUUAGGCUUCGUAGUGGACCGACUCCACCGGAUCUAAAGCAACACCACAAAACCCCUGAGAUCCGGAGUGUGGAAAAAGAAAAAGGUUCUGGAGGAAGCUCUGGCGAGAAAUCACGUCGGAAAUCGAUCACUGGAUCGAUUAAUAAGCGAGUUCGCUCGCUCCAGCUCAUGCUGGACGAUGAUUCAAGCAUCAAGGAGGCUGAGGAGCAUGCUAAAAAGAAAAUCACCUCUCACUUCUUCAAAAUGAGCCCGUCUCCCAGUUUCCACAAUAAGACUGCUCGAGCACUGGAUAUGUCGAUGGAAUCUGCGUCGGAAGAGAUGGAGCAAGCGGAUAACAAGACGAAUGCUUCGAAUCCCAAUGCAGGAGACUCACCUGGGGAUGGAACUCAACGAAGUACUCAUGGAUUGCUCAAUUUGGGCAACUACUGUUACAUGAAUGCUAUAGUGCAGGCACUGGCAGCUCUUCCCGAGUUUGUAAGUGGUAUUCAAAAUGAAGAAAACCUACUGAAGAUCAUCCAAAAGCAGCCUCAUUCGAGUGCGAAGGUCAAGACUAUGGAGCAACUAAAGACCAUUUUCGACAAUUGGCGGACAAGCGGAGAUACCAAACAUCUUCCGUUGCAGUACACGUUAAGCCAGUUACUCCAGCAAGUUAUCAAUGGCAGCGAGACGUCGAUCAACCCGGAACCUCUCAAGAAUAUCAUGGGAAAGAAGAACCCCAUCUUCGCAACCCACUUUCAGCAAGAUGCCCACGAAUUUUUGCUAAAUCUGGUGACGGAAUAUGAAAAGGAGCUGGUGCAAAUGGUUCAUGAAAUUACCGAAAAGAUUGAGGAAGAGGCCAAGUCAACUCCUCAGGUACAGAAGAGCAGUUUGCUGAAAUUCUUCCGCAACGGUCCUAAGGCGAAGCAGACGGAGCAAAAGAAGUAUGACAAGUCCUCCAAUGCAGAACUGGAGCUCAUAUGUCGUCUUCCUCCAGCGAAGUGCUUUCGCGCAGAGUUGAAUCGCACGCUAACCUGUCGGAAGUGUGGGUACAGCCGGAAAAAGGCCGAGACAUUUUACGAUUUCUCCUUGGAUCUACCUUACCACUCCAUCCCAGCGCCAGAACCCACUGCCGAGCAGGAACCUCAAGCACCGCCGUCACCCGAACGGCAGUGUUUUUGCAAUCUUACUCCUGUAACAAGUGGAGAAGGCAACGAGCGCUACUAUUGCUGCCCAAAAGCAUCCUGUAGUUAUCGUGACAGAUACGUGGAGAGUGGGGAGCCUGCACGGUCACCUGCGAAAACUACAGAUACGAUGGUGAAGUCUGCUGCGGCACCGUCAUCAACACUUGCUGCACGUGGAUGGCCAGCUCGGCCACCACAGAUUGAGUUGGAAACACUGGUUCAGAAACAAUUUGAAACCGAGGUGCUGGAAUUGACUUGUGAGAAGUGCAAAGACGGAAAAGAAGCGGAGUCGGCGUACCAGAUCAAGUCCUUGCCGUCGGUCCUUGUUUUCCACCUGAAGCGCUUCGAAGUAAACCCUCAUACUGGCGCUUUGUUCAAGCGCUGCGACCCAGUCAUACCACCAGCCGUGAUUGAUCCUACACGUUCCAUCAACUGUACUGCUUUAUCGGGGACUGAUUCCCGAUAUGCGCUUAAAAGCGUCAUUCACCAUCUUGGUAAAAGCAUUGAUGAAGGGCAUUAUGUUGCAGACGUGUGCGAUGCUAAUGGCCAGUGGAUUCGUCGAAAUGAUACGCACGAGUCUAUGAUCUCGGAAGACUAUGCGCUACAAUCUUAUCGAAGCCAAGAGUCAUGCUAUAUGUUCUUCUAUGUCAAGUCGGAGAGAAUUAACACUGAUGGUGGCAAGGAAAAUGUACCAGUAAACCGCGCUUCACCCCAAGACGAAAACGAUGAAAACUCGAGCCAGCAGCGGCAAGGAGCUCCAAGUAAUGAGCUGAGGGCCUUCUUGUAGCCCUCAGAAACGAUUGGCACACACUUACGUGUUGAUCGGGUAUACUAGUAUUUUUGAAAUAAACUACACUGCUUAGUCCACGCCAUUAUGCUCUUUAGGGACACUAGCUUUUCUACUUCAUUCUUGGAACGAAGGCUUUGCUAAAAGUGG